AUGCUUCGUCAGCUCUCAGCAGAGCGCGAGGUCCGAAACAAGCCAAAGACGACGUUCCUAGUCAAGAAGGAAGAAGAUGCCUACCAACUAGCCAUCAAGCUACGGGACGAAGGCAUUAUCACAACGCCAGGCACCCCCUUUGAGGAAUCCGAUAGCACGGAGAUCGAUGAUCUAUUGGUACGAGGAGUGUUUAGCUUCGAACGCUACAAUGAAGCAAAGCACGGGAACCAUCAUAUCUUCCGCUCCCGCAUGGUCCGCGAGGUUAAAGGGCACAACGACCAAGAGAAAACCACCCUAUUGACGCAAUCCCCGACAAUUCAACGCGGACCUGAUAACUUUGGGAUUGUGGGAAUGCAGACUGACGAUACCCUUAUGCUUGGCACACAACGUUUUUCCGCGCUAGAGGAAGCGGAACUCGUAAAGGCACAAUUUCGGGCAAAGCCGAAGACAACGAUGACCCCGGGUACUAGCAUUGACUUCAACGGUGCAAAGAUAACCCUCCAAGACACCACUUUCCACAACGCUCUACUGCUUCAACAAAAGGGUCAAGCAGCCAAGAUCGAACCCAUCGACAUCAAGGCAUACGAUCGAGCCCAACAGUACGUGGAACAGCGUGCCCGUGGCGCGUCCAAACCCUACGGAAGAGGAUUGCACGACCUCAACAAGCGGCUUCAAUGGCAGAAAGACCACCAGCAGCGAGGCCUAACGUAUAUCCCUAUUGACCUCGCCAAUGCCAAGCUUAUCGUCUUUACCGACGGUUCCUUUGCGAACAAUAAGGACCUAUCGUCACAGCUAGGCUUCGUCAUUGCCCUAGGCAAUGUCCUCCAUUGGAGCUCAACGAAGUGUAAGAGGGUCACCCGAAGCGUGCUAGCAUCAGAGAUCUACGGCAUGGUCAACGGAUUCGAUAUUGGGAUAUCACUAGCAACGACGAUACGGAAGAUCACAGACCGCCUCAAUCUUCCCCCUAUCCCCCUAAUCGUUUGCACCGACUCUUUUUCCCUCUACGAGUGCCUCGUUAAGCUAGGCACAACGAAGGAGAAGCGAUUGAUGAUAGAUAUCAUGGCCCUACGUCAAUCCUACGAAAGGCGUGAGAUCACAGAAAUCCGCUGGAUUAACGGCGCAGACAACCCAGCAGAUGCUAUGACAAAGGCAUCGCCUAACCGCGCCCUCGAACGCCUCGUCGAUACGAAUAGCCUUACGAUUAGGAUAGAAGGAUCAGUCGAACGCCCUCCCGCUAGCUGCCGCUCGAACCGUCACUCUUUUCGCACCCUUGCGGUUGCUGCUACGCUCCCGCACCUGCUGCUACUGCUGCGAUUGCAGCGAUAA